UAAAAUCACUUCUAAACAUUUUGCGGGUUUGCGUUCAUUGUGUGUUGUGUAUUGCUACAGAAACAAUGAUGCGUAAGCGUGAGUGUAUAUAAAGUGCAAUAAAGGAUUCAUCUGAACAAUAGGAAGUGAUUAGGAGGACAUUAUUAUGCUUUGAUCAGAAUGUAGCACCUAAUCAAGUUCCACAGUGCAAACCUAAUUAUUAAAAAAUAGUAUUGAUCUUUUUUGUACAGGACUAAAUAAAUAUAAACUGUUUUAAAAUGUCUGUGGUUAAAGGAAAAUUAGUGAAAAUGGAAGUAAUCCAAGUAGGUGAAUACGAAUUCACCAAGCAAGAUAUAAUAGGACACGGAGCCUUCGCGAUGGUUUACAAAGGAAGGAAGAGAAAGAACCCAUCGCAAUCAGUGGCCGUGAAGGUGGUAACGAAGAAAGGUAUUCAGAAGGCAUCAGAGAUUCUCGUGAAGGAGAUCAAAAUCCUACGAGAGCUCACAGCACUGCAUCACACAAACCUCGUGGCCAUGCACGACUGCAUGGACAGCCCCGCUUAUGUGUAUGUCGUCAUGGAGUAUUGCAAUGGCGGCGACCUGGCAGAUUACCUGCAGGCCAACCGGCUGCUGAGCGAGGGCACCAUCCGGCUGUUCCUGCGGCAGCUGGCCGAGGCCAUGCGCGCCAUCCACGCCAAGGGCAUCGUGCACCGCGAUCUCAAACCUCAGAACAUACUCCUCACACACAACGUUGCGCCGCCCCGCACGCCUCAUCCCUCCGAAAUUACUCUUAAGAUUGCCGACUUCGGGUUCGCGAGAUUCUUAGAAGAAGGCAACAUGGCGGUCACGCUCUGCGGGUCACCGAUGUACAUGGCUCCAGAAGUGAUAAUGUCACUGAAAUACGACGCUAAAGCGGACCUGUGGAGCCUGGGCACCAUCGUGUACCAGUGCCUCACGGGCAAGGCGCCCUUCCAGGCCACUACGCCGCACGAACUCAAGGCCUUCUACGAGAACAGCAUCGACCUGCAACCCAAAAUGCCCGCGGGAACUAGUCCAGAGCUGUGCAACCUGCUGAUUGGGCUGCUGCGCCGGAGCCCGCGCGAGCGCAUGCCGUUCGAAGCCUUCUUCAACCACCCCUUCCACCAACGACCGAGAACCACCUCCUAUACGACAGCGGCGGGAGGGGCGCCCGCGCCGAGCUCGGGCGCGUCGGCGCGCACGCCGCCCGCGCCGCGCGCGCCGCAGCCGCCGCCGCAGCUGCACACGCUCACAGCCAAUGCCAAGAAGCCGACGUCCUCCGCCGAGUCGUCGGACACGACCUGGGCGGGCGAGGACGACUUCGUGCUGGUGGAGGCGGACAGCGGGUCGGGCGAGUGCUCCGCGUCGUCCGGCUCCGAGGCGGCGCCGCGCCCGCGCACGCUCACGCUGCCCGCGCCGCCGCCGCCGUCGCAGGACCCGCCGCAGCCCUCUAAGAACCCGACGCCGUCCGCCGCGAGCAUCCAACGCUCGCAGCCCAUCACAAUGCUGCGCUCCAACCAUUCGCGGAACCCGACCAACCCCAUCGGCUCUCUCUCGCCGCCCACUUUCCCGAUGGGCACGCCGCUGUCGACGCGGCGGCGCAGUGCGUCGGGCAGCUCGCCGCCGCCGUCGCUGUGGCAGGUGUCGCCCACCAACAACAGCCCGCUGCGCAGAUCCGGAUCGUCUCCGCCAGUGCCGCUAGCUCUGAAGGGGUCGGGCGAGGCGUCUCCGAAGCGCGCGGCCACGCUGCCCGACGCGCUGCUGCGCGGGCUCAAGAUGCACAACAUGCACGAGCCGCCCGUCUACAUCCCCAACCUGCAGGAGGAGACCAUCCUGGCCGAGGAGCACAGCAAGGUGUUCUCGCAGCUGAACUUCGUGCUGAUGCUGGGCGAGCUCCUCGCCGACCUCGCCGUCUCCUGCGGCGCGCCGCUCGCCGCGCUCAUGGACACCUCCGACGAGCGGUGCAACGAGAGCGUGCGGCUCGGGCUGCUGGUGCAGGCCAUGCAGGCGCUGGCGGCGGGGCUGCGCCUGGCCGCCGCGCACUACCGCGAGCGCACGCUGCAGCCCACGCCGCAAGUGCGCAACGUGGUGUCCCUGAUGAACGGAAAGUACAAAUGGAUCGUGAACGAGUCGCGGCGACUCCACGAGGCGGGCGUCACGCCCGCGGUCUGUGAUAAGAUACUCUACGAGCACGCCAUCGAGCUGUGUCAGAUGGCGGCCAUCGAGGAGCUGUUCGGCGACAUGAAGGAGUGCGAGCGGCGCUACAUGUCGGCGCAGGUGCUGCUGCACUCGCUCGUGCAGCGCCACCCGCUGCAUCCGCACCACCGCACCACGCUCUCCAAGUACCGAGACGCGGUGCAGAGGCGGCUGAACUGCCUGAAGGGGCCGCGCAAGCUCAUGGACGUGAAGCUGGAGGCUGGGAUCUCAUAAUGCAAUAAGCGACCAGCGACCGAAUACUAUCCUAAUAGUAAGCGUAAGCGACGCAAAAAGAGAAGUGAUUUUAUUUUGUUGUCGACAGACUCGCAGUGAGAAAAUUAUUAAUAAAACAAAGUAUAAAAGGAAUAAGUGAAUAAAUAUCAAUUAACGAUCGAUGUAAACAGUCGUUUUAGUGAUGAAGAUUACCAGAGAUUGCAAUAGUGAAUUAUAUUUUUUUAUAUGCAGUAAGUACAUUCUGAGCCGUAGUAUUACCGUAGAGCGGCGACCAUCUCGACGUUGGACUAUUCUAGUGAUCGCUUGAAGUGAUAGUUGUAGAUUAGAUGUGUGUUGGAUCCCUUAUGUCAUAAAUGGUUGUAUCUUUUAAUAGUUUGUAAUGUUAGUACAAGUUUCAUCAGAGUAAACCUUCCGCUUCUUCGAUUCUGAGGAGCCACGCAAAUUAUUUUAGAAAAUUGUGCAUGUAUUUUGGUUAUCACCAUUUUAGGGUAAAUACAAAUAAAUAAAAAACAAAAAAACAUAAAUUAGAAAACGUAGCAUUGUUUCCUAACUCACGUAUCUUGUAUGACAUUUUGAUUAUUACAGACUUAGCGUAACGUAUAAAGUGACUUCGUGAUGUACUAUCUCGAUAUAGAUACAAUGCUAUAGAGAUCUCAUUAUCGACCAAUAACAAUAUGGCAUUUUUAGGUUAAGAUAGAAAUUAUGUUUGAAGGUUUCUCGAAAAUAUUAUAUGAAAGGAUUUCUGUGUAUUCUCUCAAACCAUUAUUUUAUUUUUAAUUUGCCAAAAUUGUGAUUAUGUAUUUCCUCAAAAAUAAUAUUAAUUGCUUUAUGAUAAUAAGAAUAAAGACUGUUGUAUUAUACAUAUUUUGUUUUUGUUUUAAUAAACACUUAUUUUUAUCAGCAUGA